AUGAAGAACUACAUGGACUCAAACAACAGAAUCACGACGGAUUAUGGCGUCAAGCAGACCAACACCGACGAUUGGCUCAGAGUUGCAUCCGGCGACAAGACUGGCCCUGCCUUACUUGAAGAUCACGCCAGCCGUGAGAAGAUUCACCGUUUUGACCACGAGCGUAUUCCUGAGCGCGUUGUUCACGCCAGAGGUGCUGGAGCGUUUGGAACUUUCAAGCUGUUUGAGAGUGCCUCGGAUGUCUCUUCUGCUGGUGUUCUAACCGAUACCUCGCGUACCACACCUGUCUUCCUUCGCUUCUCAACAGUCCUGGGAAGCAGAGGUAGUGCGGAUACUGUCAGAGAUGUUCGUGGCUUUGCCGUCAAGUUCUACACCGAGGAAGGUAACUGGGACAUUGUUGGCAAUGACAUUCCAGUUUUCUUCAUCCAGGAUGCUCUCAAGUUCCCCGAUGUGAUCCACUCCGGCAAGCCCGAACCUCACAACGAAAUUCCUCAAGCACAAACCGCUCACAACAACUUCUGGGAUUUCCAAUAUCUUCAUUCUGAGGCGACCCACAUGUUCAUGUGGGCCAUGUCUGACAGAGGCAUUCCUCGUUCGUACCGCAUGAUGCAAGGAUUUGGUGUGAACACCUACAAGUUGAUCAACGCCAAGGGAGAGUCUCACCUUGUCAAAUUCCACUUCACUCCUCAUCUCGGUGUGCACAGUUUCGUGUGGGAUGAAGCCUUGAAGCUGGCAGGACAGGACCCCGACUUCCACCGCAAGGAUCUUUGGACUGCAAUUGAGGGAGGCCAAUACCCAAAGUGGGACUUUGGUAUUCAAACCAUCCCCGAAAGCCAGGCAGACGAUUUCGAUUUCGACCCUCUGGAUGCUACCAAGAUCUGGCCUGAAGAAGAUUUCCCAGUGAGAUACAUUGGAGAACUCGAGCUUAACCGCAACCCGGAUGAAUACUUCCCCCAGACUGAGCAAGUUGCUUUCUGUACCGGUCAUGUCGUGCCAGGCAUUGGCUUCUCAGAUGAUCCUUUGUUGCAAGGCCGCAACUUCUCCUACUCGGACACCCAGCUCUCCCGUCUUGGUGUUAACUGGCAGGAGCUGCCCAUCAACAAGCCCAUGUGCCCCGUCAUGAACCAGAACCGAGAUGGAGCCAUGCGUCACAGCAUCACCAAGGGAACUGUGAACUACUGGCCAAACCGUUUCGAGGCCACAAAGCCUGCCACUGCCGACGAGGGCGGUUACGUCGAUUUCCCUCAGAAGGUUGCCGGCAUGAAGACUCGUCUACGCAGCAAGAAGUUCUCCGAACACUACAACCAAGCUCAGUUGUUCUACAACUCCAUGUCUGAGCACGAGAAGAUGCACAUCAUGAACGCACUCUCUUUCGAGCUCGAUCACUGUGACGACCCGGUUGUGUACAAACGCAUGGUUGAGAGGCUGUGUGAGAUUGAUCUCGACCUCGCUCGUGGAGUUGCAGAGAUGGUUGGCGCUGACAUCCCUGAGGAGGCCCGUCGUGUCAACUCAGGAAAGCGUUCCAAGAACCUUUCUCAGGAGGACUUCCCUCCCAAGAAUCUGACCAUCGCAACCAGAAUGGUGGCCAUUCUCAUCGCAGACGGUUAUGACUCUAUUGCUUACAAUGCAGUCAAGGCUGCCUUGGCAGCUCAGGGUGCUCUUCCCUUUACCAUUGCUCCUCGUCGUACACCUAUUUAUGCUGCUGGCGAGAGCAAGGAGUCAGGCAAGGGUCUUGUUCCUGACCACAACUUGGAAGGUCAACGCAGCACUAUGUAUGAUGCCAUCUUCAUUCCUGGUGGAGCUGACAGCAUUGCCACUCUCCGCAAGAACGGCCGAGCUUUGCACUAUGUGAGAGAAGCCUUCGGCCACUUGAAGAGUAUCGGCGCCACAGGCGAAGCUGUUGCAUUCGUCAAGGAUGCUUGUCAGCUACCCGGCGUCACUUUCUCCGAGAGCAACGAUGUUGUCGACUCUUAUGGUGUUGUCACUGCUUCCCAAACCGAGGUUAACAGUUUCAAGGAGGCCAUAUCCCUUGCCAAGGGCGCAAAGGACUUCACAACUGCCUUCUCGUACGCUAUCUCUCAGCACAAGAACUACCAGCGUGAGCUUGAUGGCUUGGCAAACAUGGUCGCUUACUAG